AUGGAGGUGGUUAUAGGAUUUGACCAGGUAGCAAAUACGCAAGAUGAUGGCCAGGCCAGGCGACCCAGUACAAAAAUAGCCACGGCACUCAACCAGAAGCCGGGGUGGUCAUGGCGUGAAGACGGACGGAGGGACCGUUGGGGGCUGAAGGGCCAUGACGAGCUGCAUGGCAUGGAAUGGAACGGGACGUCCGCAUAUGGACUGAUUGUAGCAGCACGUAGCAUCCAUUGCCAGCGGCUAGCACGCGCGCAGCAGCAACUCUGCUGCACGGUCAGGACAUGA